CUUUUGAGUCAGUCCUCGAUCGAAUCGAUUGUCAUGCACCUCCGUCGCGUGGUUAACCUCAGCCGCUCCAGCAUCCUUGGCCGCCGGUGGAACCAUUCCUUGGUGUCGCCGGAAUGGGUGGUCGACACGAAAACUAAACUAAGCGUAUUGGACUGUGGCUCCCUCGAUGGCUACCACCGGGGACAUGUGCCUAACGCGCUGCACUUUGGCUUGCCGUCCAAGGACCCAAAGGAUCCGUUCCACAUCAUCUCGGAAAACUACUACCGAUCGUACUUGGAGAAACUUCCCGUCGACGAAGACACCACCCUCGUCUUCUACGACGACUCGAACCACUUGCAAGCUACCCGUGCAUGGUGGGUGAGCCGGUAUUACGGGUUCCCAAAGGAUCAAAUCAAGAUCCUCAAUGGUGGGUUCCGUUACUGGGUCGAAAACGACUUUGAAGUGUCGUGCUCGGCCCCGUCGCCGCCGUCGCCAUCUUCCUCCCGUCCUACCAUCAAGAAGGAUGCUUCCCGCGUCAUCUCGUUGGAUGAAUUGAAGGCGCUCGUUGUGGCGGGCGCUGACACUGACGUGCAGUUCUUGGACACGCGCUCCUCUGACGAAUACACGGGUGCGGCGGCCCAUGGCAACGCCCGACCCGGUCAUGUGCCUCGCGCACUGCACCUUGAGUGGUCCGACACGCUUCAACCCAACGGGCAGUUCAAAUCCACGGACGAACUGAUCGCGCUCGUGGCGGCCGCCGGCCUCUCCGCCGACCAGCCCGUCGUCACGUACUGCCAGCGCGGCAUCCGGGCGGCCCACACGGCGUACGUGCUCGAAGAGCUCUUGGGGUUUCCUGCCGUCCGCGUCUACGAAGCGUCCAUGCUGGAGUACUUGAACCAGCCGGAUACCAAGGUCGAAAAAUAGUAAUUUCCAUCGCAAGUAGAUCUAGACGAACCGUCGCAUCCGGUUAAUAUCCGAAAUUCACGCUUCUCUGAUUGGUCCA